GCUUGAGUGCGGCGCGCUUAGCGGAGGCAUAGAGGGAAGCUGGACAUAGAAACUUGGGGGUUUAACGGAGAUUUUACCGAUAAACACAGAAGCGGCGGCGGAUACUUAUCGACUGAGCACGGCCACCUCCUGAAAGGUACUUUCCGCGCUGACUUUGUUAUCUUCGCAAGUUUGGUGCUGCCGUAUGCGGCAUGUUUUCGCAGUAAAAUGGGCAAACCUUAACGCAUCUUGAUCUGAAAAUCCGAGUCAAGCUUGCGGCUUUGCGGCUGUAAUGUCCACUUUGCGGGAAACCUGAACCCCGAUGAAGGUCCGCCAGUAAGUGUGCAAUCAAAAACUUUUUUUUUUUUUUGCAAAUACGCAACCGCCCGCAAACUUUGAGCAACUCUGAUAAAUGAUUAACAUUUUAAGCUUUUAAAUAUGGAUUACCCCGUUGCAUGGAUUAAGCGCAUCUGCCGGAUCGUACUGUUCGCACAUUGAACUCUAAACCUGCAAGACUUGAUAUGGAAGAAGGAAACGAGGUGGAUCUUUCCAAUAACAACAUCACUCCGCAAUGGAUGAGGCGGUGCCCCAGCGACAGGGGUGAACCCAGGUCUCGCAGCUAUAAGACUGACGGAGUGGAUGACAGGAGGACCAUUGCCUGCUCCCAGUCUACGGAAAAUAUUUUGUGCUCGACUGAGACACUGGUCCUGAAGCACACUUUGAAGAAACCUACUUACUACAAGCCCAGGAUGGUGAAAGUAAUUAGCAUUGGGGAAAAUGAUGAAAACAGUGAUCAGCCCCCUCUACCCAAGACCAAGUUGGAAAAUGAAGCAGCCAUUGUGGACAACCAGGCAUUCCACACGGUGAGCAGGACCCAGGCAAACAGAAACUGCCCACGUUGGCCAGGCAGCUCCCAUCCCAAUGACCAGCGCAGUGACGCCCGGGACUGCAUUUCCACCCCUGCGGCUUUGACCUCCAAGAAUGACCAGAUUGUUUUUGGGUCAAGCCUGGACUCACCGGACCACAUCUGGCAGAAACAGCGGUCACCCUCUGCCAUUAGAAACUGCAGCCAUUCGCCCCCCUCGGACUGCGGGGCCCCCACGGCAUCCGGAUCGACGUCUGACCCCCCCACCCCUAGCACGUCCUGCCCCUCGCCCAUGUCCUGCAGCACCUCGGACCCGCCCACGCCGCAGAGUCCUUCCCCGGAGGAGAGAGGCGUGCUUCUCCGCCAGGCCUCUGAAAACAGGGCCCCCUCCAACGUCGUACUGAGCACCAACAGUCCGGCGGCGCUGAAACUCGGCACCCAGCAGCUCAUCCCCAAGGCGCUGGCUUCCUGCAUGCGGUCCGGCAAAGCUGCCCCGGGUAACCAUGGCAACCAGGGCCUGCUGGAAGCGCCCAGGAGGGCCCCACGGGUACGGAGCAUGGUGGAGGCGGGGGCCUUUUUCUCCACCAGCGGGGACGGCACGGAUGAAACCCGCGACGGCGCUGACUGCAGUCCCGGCUCACUGAAGCGGGCGACGCGAUCCACGUCCUACCGGCGCGCCGUGGUCAGCGGGAUCGACCUGGAUGUCACCGACAUCCUGUGCCAGCCUCAGCUGAUCCUGCCAGAUGACAAGGAGCGGUCCCCUAGUCCAGCCAAGAACAAGACCCUGGAGAGGAAGAAAGGUUUGCCCACCCAGAAGACCUUCGACAGUGAGGGGGAUGAGGUUAUGUACCAGAACUACCAGGAGAAGGCGCUGCAUAACGACUCGGAUGAGGAAGCGGAGCCCAGGAUGCCCGAAUCUGACCCUGGCAUUGUGGUUCAGUACCGAUCCAUACAGACGUGCUGGAGCAGGCUGAGCGUGGUCAAAAAGAGUGGGGUGUGUGAGAAAAUGACCCCCGAGGAGAGGAAGAGGCAGGAGGCCAUCUUUGAGGUCAUCUCCUCAGAGUACUCCUACCUGCGCAGUUUGGAGGUGCUCAUCCGCAUGUUCAAGAAUUCCGCAGAGCUGAGUGACACCAUGACCAAAACGGAGAACCACCACCUCUUCUCCAACAUCACUGAUGUCUGUGAAGCCAGCAAAAAGUUCUUCAAGGAGCUCGAGGACCGGCACCAGCAGAACUUUGUCAUCGACGACAUCAGCGACAUCAUGGAAAAGCACGCCCGCUACACCUUUGACCCCUACGUGACUUACUGCUCCAACGAGGUGUACCAGCAGCGCACACUGCAGAAGCUCCUCACCAAGAACCCCACUUUCAAGGAGGUUCUGUCCCGCAGUGAGGCCCACCAGGACUGCCGGAACCUCCCCAUGCACUCCUUCCUCAUCCUGCCCAUGCAGCGAGUCACACGACUCCCCCUGCUGUUGGACACCAUCUGUCAGAAGACCGCCCAGGACUCUGUCUGUUACGGCGCGUGUAAGAAAGCCCUGCAGGCAGUUAGCAAGCUUGUGCGUCAGUGUAACGAGGGAGCCAGACGCAUGGAGAGGACUGAGAUGAUGUACACCAUCAACUCUCAGCUGGGCUUCAAGAUCAAGCCCUUCCCGCUGGUCUCCUCGUCCCGCUGGCUGGUGAAGCGUGGAGAACUCACCACCGUUGUGGAAGACAACAGCAGGUUCAUAAAGCGCGUGUCCCGGCUGCCUGUGUACCUCUUCCUCUUCAAUGACGUCCUCAUAGUCACCCGGAAGAAGAGUGAGGAGAGCUACACGGUGAUGGACUAUGCCCUGCGGGACCAGAUAAAGGUGGACUUGUGCCAAGCGGAUGAGCUGAACCUCUCCCCCGUGCGAACACCAAGCUCCAUGCUGACGUCCCGCCAGCCGGUCGCCUGCCACCUGUUCAAAAUGCGAUUCUGCAGCAACCACUCGCAGGAGAUGGUGUCCAGAGUGCUGGGGGCCGAGCAACUGAAUGAGCGCGCCCGCUGGGUCACUGCCCUCGGACAGAGCACCAAUGACAGGAAGAACAUGGAUAAAACCGAGCUGGCCCAGGUGGAGGUGACGAGGACGUACACGGCCAAGCAGCCCGACGAGCUCUCGCUGCAGGUGGCGGAUGUGGUGCUGCUGUGGCAGACUGUGGAUGACGGUUGGUACGAGGGCCAGCGGCUCCGAGACGGGGAGUGCGGCUGGUUCCCAGCGGAGUGCGCGGAGGUCAUCACCUGUCAGGCCACCAUCCAGCGCAACGUACAGCGGAUGGACCGGCUGCAGCGGCUGGAGACCAACGUGUGAAGCUAGCGGCUAGCGGCGGGGGGGCCUGGGCUGACGGCAAGAGCACCACCCCGGCUGCCAGGCUCACCUUUGUCUACCUGUAGCUAUAGCUGCCUCAUCGGGGACGUCCCCAUGUCUGCUUACAUCAUCAAGAAGGAUACAACCAUAUGAAGUUUCCCUCAUGGUUGCUGUGAUAUGCGAGGCAACAUUUUACGGUUUUAUCUGUUUUUCUGGUCAAUCUUGAAGCCCCCUAAGAGUGAAUCUUUAUCAACCAAUCAAAAAAACUGAAGGCUGUUAUUCAACCAACAAACGGGUAAUAUUGAGAAGGAAGGACUGACCAUUUACCAUUACAAUCUGGCCUCAAGGUCCUAUUUACUCAGGGACAAAUAUGUAUCAUUACUGUAAACCCAGCAAUGUGUUUUAAACCUACAGAUUUGACGGGCGCAUUUAAACAGCGUUGACUCUACAGUGUAUCUCAAGCAGCACUACACCCAAGUACGAUUCCUCAGACCACCAUCAUGGAAGAGGAUGACGUCUGGCACUGGUCCCGCUGGACUGGUGUGUAAACCAUAACCACUCUAGACAGGAAGCUUGCUGCCUUCUAAUCUGGUUAAGAUAAUGUGCAGCUUUAAUUGGGGGGGGGGGGGGGGGGGGGGGGGGAUGGUGGCUCACAGGACAUAAACAGUCUGUACAAAAACAAAAUUGAUAAUCCUGCCGAUUGCUCAUGCAUGGAGAGAGAGACUCUCCCAAUGGGAAAGGGGACUGCGGAGCACUGCAGAAUGUUCACUUAACAGACACCAUUAAAGAUUUUUAACUAAAAAAGGCA